UAAAUCUGCUGCUGCUGCUGCUGCUGUUCCUGUUUCUUUUCUGCUGCUGCUGCUGUUUGCUGCCAGGUGAGUAAAAGAUGGAGGUGCCCAGGACCCCGACCAGAAGAUGCUCCAUAGUGACUGCGGGCGGUUGGAAGAACCUGCUCCUGCCCCAGCAAAACCGGCAGUCACUGUAUGUGUAUGGCAGUGAGUUAGCCGUGGAGGAGGCUUGCGCCAAGCAAAAGGAGAGCGGGAUACUCGUCAUCCACCCUUUCAGCCCCAUACGGAGUUAUUAUAUCAUGUGCAUGGUGGCUAUUACCUUUCUGAACCUGGUUGGGAUCCCCAUGGAGAUUGCCUUCCUGGACGGUGGGAGUGGCGCUGGCUGGGAGGGGUUCAAUGUGUUUUCAGACACGCUCUUCUUGAUUGACGUUGCUCUGAACUUCAGGACGGGUAUCAUUACUGAUGACAGUGAGGCUGCUGUUCUUGACUUGAAGAAGAUUCGUAUUAGUUAUUUAAAGAGCUGGUUCAUACCUGAUUUGAUUGCUGCAUUCCCAGUUGGCUACAUAUUGCUCAUUGCGGACUUGACUUACAGCACAGACCCCAACUCUACCAAGACUAGCAGAAUGGUGCGAAUCCUGAUGUUCGUGAGGAUACUGAGUCUGGUACGACUUCUACGGGUAUCCAGGCUGGUCCGGUUCUUCAAUGAAGUGGAGAAGGUGUCCAAUGCAAACCUUGAGGUGGUGCGCCUGUUAUUCCGAGUGCUGUCCCUCCUAAUGACCAUAUUCCUCCUGUGCCACUGGAACGGCUGCAUUCAGUACUUUGUGCCCAUGCUGGAGGACUUUCCAGCGGACUGUUGGGUGAGGAGAGAGAAUCUCAUGAACGCCUCGGUGGCUGAGAAAUACUCCUUCGGCAUCUUCCGGGCCCUUUCUCACAUGACUGCCGUCUCUUACGGAUCCUCCGAGAGCCCCACAAAUGAGACAGAGAUGUGGAUUGUCAUUAUCAGUAUGGUGUCGGGGGCGUUGAUGUAUACAUUGUUGGUGGCUAACGCUGCGGCUAUGAUGUCCAACGUUGACAUAACAGCGAAGGCGUACAAGAGCAAGAUGAAUCAUCUCGACGACUACAUGACCUUUAUGAAGCUCCCCAAAGAAUUGCGCGUUCGCAUCAGCAGCUACUACCAGGCCCGCUAUGGGGGGAAAUGGUUUGAUGAAAAGGACAUAUUAAAUUGGGUGUCUGAGUCUCUGAAAGAGGAAAUUCUGACCAUCAUGUGUGACGGGCUGCUCAGAAAGGUGCCAAUAUUCCGGAACUGCGACAAAAGCUUCAUCUCCUCGAUCCUGCCUCAUCUGCAGCAUGAGGUCUUCCAGGAGGGCGAUGUCAUCGUCCAGCAGAACGGGCCAGGUGACCGCAUGUUCCUGAUCGAGCACGGCCAGGUCCUGGUGGACAGUCUGGAGAAGGAGCUCUGCGAUGGAGACCACUUCGGAGAGAUGUGCCUCCUCAACCAGGGCAAUCGCUUAUCUACAGUCCGAGCCUUGACCGUGUGCCAGCUCUUCUCUCUGUCCGUGACUAGCUUUCACGAGGUGCUGCAGAGAUUCCCAGACGUCAGGAAGGAUUUGGAGAAGAUGGCCGAAAACACCAAUACAAGCUUUGUGUGAUGCAAAUACUGAAGAGACAAAAAUGUUCCUUUCUUUUAUAUACCAAACAUGUAUUUUUUUUAUUGAUUCUCAUGGACUUGAAUCAAUGCCAUAAUCUAGGAAAGUUAAGGAAGAGCAACUAAAUUUUCAAUGACCCCACAGACUCAGAAUUUUAGUAAGUUAAUAUUUUAUUUGUAUUUUUUGAGGUACAUCAAAUAAUCAUUGAGAAAGAAAUUAAUUAUUUAUUUUGUUAGAGUGCCCCAAAACCGUAAAACAUUUAAACUUACUGUACUACGCAGGUCUGCUUACCCCACUCACCCUAACGCGAAUCUCACACACUAACACACACUCACACACUCUCUCACACACACACACACACACACACACACUUCUCUCCUCAGCCGAACACACACACAGUGCCCGUGGCCAGCCUGUGCUUGUACUCAUACAGGUAGUAGGAGGCCUGGGGGAAGUUGCACCUCAUUUCCAUCUUACCAGGCACCACAUGGACGGCCACGCCGGCUCCCAGCCCCUCGCGCAGCUUGCGGAGCAUGCGGGAGGCCAAAUAGAGGCGCGCCUUCUCCGGCGCUUCCUCCAGGGUGGCGUAGACCUCCGGUGGCGGGUUGGGGAUCUUCCACUCCAGGUCCACAAUCAGCUGGUGGAUGCGGGCCUUGUCCAGGGAGACCGGCGCGUCCCGAUAGCAGGCCACCACGUGCGGGCACGGCGGCGAAGUGCCACUGGGGCGGACCGACAGGAAGUUGUUGGGUGGUGGUGCCACGAUGGUGGUGGUGGCGUCCACCUCCCCCUCCCCUGUUUCGGGUGUCUCCUGGGGGGGAACCUCCCCAGCCCCCACAGCCGCCAUCUCGUCCUCCUUCCAGGCGCCCGAGGCCGGGUGCACCAUCACGGCCCAGCGCAGCCAGUCGUAGUUGCGCUCCAGCUUCUUGAGGAUGCCCUCGGCCUGCUCCUCCGGUGGCUUGCCGUCACACAGGGCCUCCUGCACCUGUCGCCGGAUGUCCUCCUCGGCCUGCUGCAGGAAGUAGCCCGAGCAGCGCCCCCCGGUGGUCUUCAUCUUGCGGUACAGCGACCCCAUACGGUCAGACCAGAUCUUCAUGAGCAGCGCCUGGUCUCGGCCCACCAACGACGCCUGAGUGAAGAGGCAGAGGAGCCCUGUGCCCAAGACAAAGUUCACCUGUAGCACACACAGCAGUAGAGGCAUACUGUAAGUGUGUUUAAGUGUUGCCACAUUAACAAUUAAUUUUCAUCAGUCAGGCUUCAGGUUAAUAAUUCAGAGCUCAAAAAAUGUUCACUGCUGCUGUAUGCUCUCCUGCAAAUUGAACCCUGGGGUACAGCAUUUCCAUAGAAAGAGAGAGUGAGUUUUUUUUUAUUGCCAUUUCUCUGCAGUUCAAGAGAUCACUUGGUAUGGUCAGCUGGUAAUCAUGAUGUUCAUGAACUAAUAAUCAGUCAUUAGUCAGUGUCUAUCUCGCUAGAGGCCCAACAGUAUAAUGUUAUCAUAAUAAUUGUGCUACACUAUAAUGUUAAUGGAACUUUAAUGGAACUAGAUGAAUGCUGAACACACAUAUGCUGAUGCAAUAGUUACCAAAGUACAGAAAUACUAAAAUGUAUCAACUUUUGUAAUUCCCUGUUGGGUGAACUGUAUUAGAACAAAACAUGCUUUCAUCAACAUUAAUCUAUACUGUGUGUUAACCUUGAAUAUGCUGUAUAUACCUUGUAAAUAUCACAUUCAUCAUCUGUAAAUUGGCUAUGAAUUGCUAUAUUUUUUUUUGGUGGGUCAGGUUUUGUUAAGUUUGAUAGACCAAAGCUGUAGAAAGCUGUCAGAGGCCAUCAAUUCCUGAGGCAGUGACAGUUUUUCUUAGCAGCCUUUGCUUAUUUUUUUGUUUUUCAAAAAUAUCCGAAAGCUAAAAGAAACUGCCUCAAAAAAGAGGAGACUCUGCACAAAUGUUGUGUCUCUUCAGUGAAUCCAGUCCCCUUUUAUCACUGAACAAGUACUCUUGAAAGAGUGACAUUUUUGUGUCAGCUGACAUUGCACAUUGAUGUUUGUUUUUGAUAAGUCUACCAAAGUUAAAGAAGUACUACCUCCCAAGGUCAGGCCCCACCUUCCUCUGACAGAGUUCAGAUUGUGGAUGAAUGAAUAGAUAUACUGUAUUUAUACUUACUGUAUACAAA